CACGUACCGGACAGUGGAUACUCUAUGGGCUACUGUGCAUAGGCCAACGCGCUCUGCUUCAGCCUUCGUAUGAAACUAACUUUCUCCAGCAACAUAAAUGCACCAAUAAAGAAAGGUGUGUCCUGUGAGGACCAGUUAGAGGUAUGGUGGGCGUGGUUGGCCCCGUAACCAUGGCGACGUCUCUGUGGGAGGUUGUGUCCCUUCCUCCCGUUGGUCUACUGCUGCUCCUCUGCCUGCCACUCUGUCUAUGCCAGCAGCCAUUGGUCAACUUUGAGAGCCCGUUCCCACCCCUACCGGAGUGUACCAGGAAAGUUCAUCCCAUCGUCCCAUACAAAGCAUUGAGUCCCUGGAUGUCAGGAUUCUCUCGUCCCGGAGUGAAGGACUUUUCCCAGCUGACCCUUGACCUGACCAGAAACCAGCUGAUUGUGGGAGCUAGAAAUCACCUCUUCAGACUGAGUCUCAGUAAUGCUUCUCUCUUACAGGUAAGCAUAUACAACUAA